AUGAGAAACAUGAGUUAUCACUACCAUUCUCCCUACACCCAAUUCGACAAUGUCUGGAUUAAUCCGACACACACUUAUACCACAUCAUCGGAUCAGGCCAAGAAAUCAACUCCGCCCACCUCAAGUACUCGUCGUCCGGCGAUCAAGAAACCAUUUCCAAAGAAGACUUCGACGUCGGAUACUGCAGGAAGAUCUUUGCCGGUGAACAUUCCGGCGAGAGACUGGGGAAAGACGAAGAAACCGGCAGGAGAAAACUUCGACGAUGAAGACGAUGAAGAUGAAGGGAUCAUGGGUCUUGCUCCUCACGAGUACUUGGCGAGAACGAGAGUGGCGUCUUUGUCCGUUCACGAAGGAAUCGGAAGGACUCUCAAAGGAAGAGACUUGAGUAGGGUUAGAGAUGCCAUUUGGAAACACACUGGUUUUGAAGAUUAAAUUAAAACCAUCUUUUAACUAUAAUAACCCUUCCUUAAUUAAUUAAUUAAUUAAUCUAGAUUAAUU